GGACGCGCAUCAUGAUGCUCGCCAAGAGGUUGCAUCGUGCGGCGGCCACGCGCUCGCUGCUGGCUGCGCGCUCCUUCAGCUCGUUCCGGACGCACUCGUGCGGCGAGCUGCGGCAGGAGCCCCACGAGGGCCAGCGCGUGACGCUGAGCGGCUGGGUGGACGCCAUCCGCCCCUUCGGCCCCAUCUCGUUCCUGUCGCUGCGCGACCGUCACGGCGUCACGCAGCUCGUGCUGGAGAAGGACUUCCUGCAGGCCGCCGAUGACGUUGUGAGCAAGAUUCGUCCCGAGUCGGUGGUGCAGGCGUCGGGCGUCGUGCGCGCGCGGCCGGCCAACAUGCGCAACGACAAGAUGGCGACAGGCGCCGUGGAGGUGGUCGUGGACGAGAUCGCCGAGCUCAACUCGUGCGUGAACCUGCCCAUCCAAGUGGCCACGGGCUCGGAGGUGGCCAACGAGGACACGAGACUGCGCCACCGAUAUCUGGACCUGCGUCGCCCUGCCCUGCAGCAGAACCUGGUGGUGCGCUCGAAGAUCUCGCUGGCGGCGCGCAACUUCCUGUGCUCGGAAGGGUUCCUGGAGAUUGAGACGCCCACGCUGUUCAAGAGCACGCCUGAAGGUGCGCGCGAGUUCCUGGUGCCUACGCGCAACGAGGGCCAGUUCUACGCGCUGACGCAGAGUCCGCAGCAGUACAAACAGUUGCUGAUGGUGGGCGGCCUGGACAGGUACUUCCAGCUCGCGAGGUGCUACCGUGACGAAGGCGGCCGUGCUGACCGCCAGCCAGAGUUCACGCAGAUCGAUCUGGAGAUGUCGUUUGUUACCCGCGAGGACGUCAUGGGGCUGAUGGAGCGUCUGGUGAAGGAGAUCUGGAAGGCCGCUGACAAGGAGCUGCCCGACCGACCGUUCAUCCGCAUGGCAUUCGACGAGGCGAUGCACCGCUUUGGCGUGGACAAGCCGGACACGCGCUAUGGUAUCGAGUUGAAGGACGUGGACGACCUGCUCCAAGAGACUGAGUUUGUGCCGUUCAAGACUGCCUUGGCCAUCAAACCCCCCAAGAUUCACAGCAAGCGUGGCGUGGUUCGCGCUAUCAAUGCCAAGUCUCUGGCCAGCGGCGGCUUCUCGCGGAAGGACAUCGACGAGCUGGAGAAGGUGGCCAAGCGCGCGUCGAAGACAGCGGGCGCGUUCGUGGUGAAGGUGGAAGCCGGCAAGCAGUGGAAAUCCUCACUAGCGAAGAAGCUGUCCGCAGCAGAGAUCGACCAGCUCAACGAGCGUCUUGACGCAGAAGAAGGUGACGUUCUCAUCUUCUCAGCUGGCUCGUACCACGACGUGAACACGCUGCUCGGACGCCUGCGUACGCACACAUCGCAGUUGCUGCACGCGAAGGGUUUUUUGCAGAAGGAGCUUGACCCGAACAACUUCCACCACUUGUGGGUGAUCGACUUCCCCAUGUUCGAGCGCAGCGAAGAUGACGACGGCAACAUCCUCGAGAGUGGCGACAAGAUCUCUCUCUCCGCGACGCACCACCCGUUCACGGCCCCUCGCGCUGACCACGCUGUGCUUCUGGACGAGAUUCUGGCGAGCGUUGAGGCUGCAGCAACAAGUAGCGAGAAGAAGAGUUUGCUGGAAGACCCGGAGGUCGCCGAGAAGCUGCUGGAGAUCACCGCGCAGCACUACGAUAUCGUGUGCAACGGUUGGGAGCUGGGUGGUGGCUCCAUUCGUAUUCACCAGGCCAAGCUGCAGCAAGCUGUCUUUGAGGACGUGCUCGAGCUGCCGACGCUGCAGCGCCAGAGCUUCGAGCACUUGCUGCAGGCCCUCAGCCACGGAGCUCCACCCCACGGCGGCAUCGCGCUCGGCCUGGACCGCCUCGUUGCCAUCCUGUGUGGAGCCCCGAGCCUGCGCGACGUUAUCGCGUUCCCGAAGUCGUCCACCGGCAACGAGCUCAUGACGAACGCACCGGGCCCAGUGCUGCCCGAGCAGCUUGAGGAGUACCAUAUCCAGGUGCGCCACGAGGAAGAGUAG